AUGCCGCCGGCAUCACAGUGCAUCGAACGAGAGGUCCAGCGCUACCUCAAACCCCCGCACAUACCUAAGGUGUCCAAAACGGCAUCCAGCAAAACUGACGACGACACGUAUGCAAGGUCCGGCGGGAAUUCUAUCGCGAAAAGUCUCGGAUCCGCACCCAAGAAGUGGAUGGUGGACGCCAAUGGGAACCGUGAACACCUCCACGACACUCCCUCUCGCACCCGCUCAAGAACUCUCUUGGAGUUCAUGACUCCCACACCAUUGUUAUCAGAUCCUACACGCCAAGGAAAACCCGCGUUCGAGUUCGGUCAGGCCAGGCCGUUGGUCGGUGCGGACCAGCGUGGUCCUCCCUAUCCCUCUCAACCGCACACAAGCAGCGAAGUCAUGCCCCCUGUAAACCGAGGCUCUUCGAAUGCUACACCCAGGCAGCGAAAGACAAAGAAGGUCGAGGAAGAUGGCAAGAAGGUCGACGGUGAGGUUGAAGAUAGUGUUGAUGAAGAGGAGGAAGGUGGCCGCGAAGAGGGGACCGUUGGCGAGGGUGGGACUGCUGAUCGGUUUGGAGAAGACGACGAGGAUGUGUUUCCUCUUGAAGGCGGCGGAGAUGAUGACGAGCAGCCUCGAUUUUUGGAUCCUGCCGACGGUCUAGGGCGAGAUUACCAGAGAUAA